AUGGCCGCAGAUCUGCUUCAUGAACUUCUCACGGCAUCGCCGGCAGGGGAUCGCCGCGACGCCAAAGCCGAGCCCGCUGAUCCAGUUGCCCUUGAAUAUCUCGCAAGCUUGGCCUCGCUGCCGCUUUCCUCCAUCGAGACCACGGAGCAGCAAUCGCUGGCCCAGACAUCACACUCGCUGCUCCUGUCCUUGCAGGCACUCUCCAAACGAUCUCACAAGUCUAUUAUCGAAUCCGCCUCCAAUCAUGCCAGGCUCAAGACCGCCUUGCCGGCCUUGGCUAGCUCUACCCGGGAUCUGAAGACUGCCAUUCCCAAGCUAGACAACGAGGCAGUUCAUUUCUCCACCACAUACCACAAGUCCGGUGAGAAUGAAUUACUCAAUGCCAGGAAGAAAGCCCUCCUCUUGUCGCGGAAUGCGGAGCGGCUCAUCGAUGUGCUCGACCUGCCCACGCUCCUCUCGUCUGCCAUCACUUCGGGCUCUUCCGCGGCUGCAGCCAACUAUGCAUCGGCGUUGGACCUCAGUGGUCACAUUAGACGGCUACACUCGCUGUAUCCAGAGUCACAACUUGUCGACUCGGUAUCUUCCCAGGCCGACGAAGCCAUGCAGGCCAUGGCCAUCAACUUGAUUUCUGCCCUUCGUACUCCUGGUUUGAAGCUGGCCUCGGCUCUUAGGACGAUCAGCUGGCUACGUAGGGUAGUUCCAGACCUGGAUCCCGCUGGUUCUGCAGGAAACGGCGGAGGUCUUGGCGCCCUGUUCCUCGUUUGCCGGUUGUCGACGCUCCUAAAUAUGCUAGCGGCGCUUGAACCACUUCGAGAUUUGGCCGAUCAAGAACGGGUGAGGCAGCAGCAGCAAAGCACGGCGGGAGGCUCGUGGUCAGGAGGACAGCAGACCGAGAGAUACUUGAAGAGAUACAUUGAGAUAUUCCGUGAGCAGAGUUUCUCCAUUGUUUCCAUGUUCAAGAGCAUCUUUCCGGACUCGGGAGAUCAGGGCAAGGGCUCGGUGCAGGACGACCCAUUGCAGCCAGUGCCCUCGGCUCUCUCGACAUUUCCGCUUCAUCUUGUGGAGAUGCUCAUGGAGACUCUGAGGUUGUAUCUACCAAACAUCAAAGAUCAGGCUUCUCGUGAAAGUCUGCUGACGCAAGUACUAUACUGUGCUGGCAGCUUGGGCCGACUGGGCGGCGAUUUUGGUGUCCUUCUAGCCAGUCUUGAUAUCGGUGACGGUGCCGAGGACGAAUGGGUGGAAGUGGUCAAACGCCACCGGGUCAUGGCCGGCCGGCUGGAGUCGAUUGUGGGACACAAGGAGAGGCGCCCAUCACAAGUGUCGGCAAAGGUUUAA